AUGAACUUUGCUCAACUUAUCAAAGAUACUAUUGUUCCUAACCAGCAAGAUCCAGAACAAGAUCAGGAUCACAUUGAUGAAGAACUUGAGAAUAUAUUAAGCCAUCCAGCUCCAAGAUACCAUGACCCAAAUUAUUGGAAUACAAGAUAUGAACAUGACAAUGAAGAAAUGGAUUGGUAUCAGCCAUGGGACAAUCUAAAGAACGCUCUUGGUAAGUAUGUUACAAAGGAUUCAACAAUUUUAAGUGUCGGCUGCGGAAAUUCUCCAAUGUCAGCACAACUACUCAAAGAAGGUGCUUCAAAAGUAUACAAUGUAGACUUCUCACAUGUUGUUAUUGAUCAAAUGAAAGCAUUACACCAAGAAGAAUCAAAUCUCAUUUGGACUGAAUGCAAUGCAACUAAAUUACCAUAUGACGAUAAUACAUUUGAUUUUGUUUUCGACAAGGGAACUCUCGAUUCCUUUGUUGCAACCGCAGAUAGCUCCAAACAAAUUCCAACAAUGCUUAGUGAAGUUUGCAGAGUUCUCAAACCAGGAGGCAUAUUUGCUGAAAUAUCUUACGGUACGCCCAAUACAAGAACACCAUUCUUAAGAGCUUCAAAUCUUCAGUGGGCUUUACAAGAAACAAAGGAAAUCGAAAAGCCAAAUGAGCCUGGAACAUAUCAUUAUGCUUACGUAACCAAGAAGAAACAGUAA